AUGGUUUCUUCAGCUACAAUAAACGAAAGAGUAAUUAGUCUCGCGCACUUAAGGAACAUAGAGACUCCAGGUACCGAGUUAACACUCUCCAUAAAUCCAGAUAUAUGGGAAAUCAAGAAACAUCUCACGGAGAGCGACGUAGCAAGCAACCAAACUCGUCUUAUGCUACCAAAGGACCACGUGGUUGCACACAUUCUCGAUCACCUCACGGAUGAAGAGCGCAUGAUGAUCGAAGAUGUAAAUAAUAAUAAUCAAGGGUUGAGAAUCAAUGUGUACGACAGUUAUGAUAAGUCUUUGCAUCAGCUGUCUUUCAAGAAGUGGCAUUCAAGUGGGUGCUAUGUGUUGAUUAACAAUUGGAAUACGCAGUUUGUUAAAAGAUUAAGUCUUAAAGCGGGUGAUUUAAUUGGACUGUUUUGGAAUACUUAUGCGUCAAGGCUCCACUUUCGUGUGCUUAGUCCUGCUAAUCCUAAUCCUUGA